AUGCCACCUAAAAUGGCCCGAAAGGCAGCACCGGGCAGCGCACAAAAAGGCAAAGUACGCAAGACAGCCGCCGCAGGAGGUGGAACACCAACAAAAAAAACGAAGGGAGGAAAGCAAUCAACAGUCGCAAAGACCAACACCAACGUCCAACCCGGAGAUCCAACCCCCACAGGCCGCCGUCGCCGCUACAGGCCCGGCACCCUCGCAUUGAAAGAAAUCCGCCGCUACCAACGCUCCUACGACCUCCUAAUCGCCAAACUCCCCUUCGCACGCUUAGUCCGCGAAGUCGCACUCGAUCUCCUCCCCGCCGACGUCGGCGCAGAGUUGCGCUGGCAGUCGCAUGCCAUCCAAGCUCUGCAAGAAGCCGCUGAGGCUUUCCUUGUUCAUCUAUUUGAGGAUACGAAUCUAUGCGCGCUGCAUGCGAAGCGCGUUACUAUUAUGCAGAAGGAUAUCCAGCUUGCGCGGAGAAUUCGCGGUGUUUGGGCUGGGCUUGGUUGA